AUGGAUGAUAGGCGUGAAGUUCUUGUGAAGACACCUCGGACAAUUGCUGGAUCAGGUUGCUUCGCGACCGCCUCUGAAGUGGCGACGCUCAAAUUCUUGCGUCAGUCGACGUCCCUGCCGGUUCCACGCGUUCUUGCGUGGAACGCAGACUCGGCAAACGAAAUCGGGUCGGAAUAUAUCAUCAUGGACAAGACUCCCGGGGUCGCCUUGGAUGGGAUCUGGGAGGGGCUGAGCACUCUGCAACGGUACAGUAUUAUCGAGAAGGUCGUCGCUAUGGAAAAGGAGCUUGCCUGUCUGGAGUUUCCGGCCUAUGGGGCACUCUAUCUCCGGGGCUCUGAGCCUGCUAACCUGAGGUAUCAUCCCGUCUCGGACGCGCUAGACAGCGCCGACUCUUUCUGCGUCGGGCCGUUGUGUAAUGCGCGCUCAAAGCAGGGUGGUGGUGAAUCAUCCCGGGAUUCAGGCACUUCCGGCCCCUGGGUAUCACUCGCAGAGCUUGCAUCAUCGUCAACUCAAUUAAAGACAAGGACAAAGCAAACCUGUCAAAAGGAUGAAGGGGGCGAACUUCAAUCCAGAAUGCACGAAAGCCCCGACCUUCCGGACCCAGAGGGCCAGGACUUGCUUGAGAGCAUUUCGACCAUAUUACCUAUUUUAUGCUCGGAUCACCGCAUCCUAAAGGUCUCCAAGCCCACCUUACGGCAUCCGGGUCUAUCGCUUGACAACAUUCUCGUUUCGGCCACUACAAGAAUUCUUGGGAUAAUCAGCUGGUGGUCCGCCGCAAUCCUCCCCCUGUUUCUCCAAACGCGAUUCCCCAGGUUCUUAGCAACCCCUCCCAGCUACAAUCCGGGCGAUCCGCUUCCCAGCUUAGCUGGUUUUGCUUCUUGGAGUUCGGAGCAAAAGCAAAGUGCCCUCAGGUUACAAUGUACACUUGCUCGGUCCAGGUACUACGAGAUGUGCAUAGUGGAGCACGACAGUCACUUGGCACAUGAGGCGAUGAAUCUGGAUCGUAACCUGAGUGGCCUAUUUCGAUGCCGAGAUUCAUUGGACCUGGCCGAUGGGGAUUCGAAGCUCCGUAGCCAUUUGCAAUCCAUCGCUGCCAAUUGGACUGGAGUAGGCCUGCCCGGGACCUGUCCUGUCACGAUCCGCGGCAGGGAGGGCAGGCAGUGCAGCAUGCGGUGGGAGGGGGUCUCAUGCUCUUGA